AUGGAUGAAAUCUCUAAGAGUAAUGAGGUCACGUUCGCGGCGACUGAUCAAAAGAUCGAACUGGAAAAACUUAUUCAAAUGUUAUUGCUUUCAUCGGAUGUUAGCAGUAAUCUAUCUUCCGAUCCUCAAUUAGUGGAUUGCGUUUCCAGGUUAUCCGUCCUGCGUCUAGAUGAAUUAGCUGCCAUUCCAAAACGAAUUGAAGCAGAAGAAGAUAGAAUAAGGCACAAAACAGAACAACUUGCUGUGGAAAAUUACCCUAUUUUCCUUGCCAACGCGAAUACAAGCCGUGAAGUACAUAGAGAAUUCAUCUCAAUCUCAUCGUCGAAUGAAAAUUUGCUCGCCAACAUUGGUGCUGUGUCUUGUGCUGCCCAGAAAAUGUUCGAUAAUAUUGGGAGAAAUGCAAAUGCUUUUCGUGUUGCUGCCAAAUCAGUCCAGAAUUAUGCUCAGAUACUUGAGUUUCUGGAGUUGCCUCAAUUUAUGGAAACCUGCGUUCAGAAUGGUUAUUACCAGGAUGCCCUCAACAUUCUAAAUCACACCAAGCAGAUGACGAAGAAAUAUGGUCAAACGAUACCCAUCGUUCGAAUUGUAGGUCUCCAGACUCAAGAGAUCAGUGGCCAACUUUUUAGUCAACUUUGCAAGCAGCUUAGAGAGCCGAUCACAUUGCCCAUCUGUCUAAAAGCUGUGAUUUAUUUGCGCCAACUUGAAGUCUUUACUGAACAGGAAUUGCGGUUGAAUUUUCUUCAAGCGCGAAGCAUCUGCAUUCACGAGCAACUAGAAGUGGCCCUGGCUAAACCGAUUGGAAUUUCAAAUUUUGGUUCAUCUGCUAAGGUGCCACAUCUUGUCGGAUAUCAGAAAGCGGAAUACGUGGCUUUCAUUCGAGCAAUGAGACGGAUCGAAGUAACCCGUGUUCAUUUGUUUGACAGUAUAACGCAAUAUCGCGCUAUAUUUGCAGACGAGGAAACGUACUCCGCUCACUCAACGGACCCACAUCAACAGCCAGUUUUUGCAGAUAUGUCGCCGCUUUACCAAGACGAGCUUCCUCGACCAUUGCGGUACCUUUCUGCCAAUCGGGUUAAUGGCCUCACUCCAGCCAACGAAACCAGCCUCUUUCAUGCCUGGUUGGUACGUCAAGUUGAUAUCUUCUUGGAUGGUCUUAUUGACGAUCUCACAAGCCUUCUUCAUCUGCCGCUACUCACCCCUUCCGAAGUUAGCGAUCGAUUCCAACUUGCAAUGUCGAAUGACUUGAUCACCACUGAGGAUGUUGACGUCUCAAUAGCCUUCCAGCAGGUGCAUUCGGUUAUGACUCAAGCGCUUUACUUCGGCCGGUCGUUCGCACGCAUCGGGUGCGAUUUCCGCCCUCAUUUGGGUGCUGUUUUUUCUCGAGCCAUUUUGACUUACUUUGAGACGCUGAUGGCAAAUGCGCUAACAGAAUUGAACGUCUUUCUUGAGCUUUGGCCUUGGGAGUUGGAUUCCUCGUUUACAAUGCAAUCGGAUGAGAUUAGCCGUGGAGAGGUUGAAGCACCGUCAGCCAUUGCACGUUAUCCUAUACUUGCCUUCUUUUGCAAUCGUCUCCUCACGUCAUUAAAUGGGCUGCGAGUCUGUUGCCCAAUCGGUCUUAAGCAGGGGGUUCUAUCGGCAUGCACCCGAACACUGCACGAUGCAGCGGAGUCAAUCAUAGCAGCACACAAGUCUCGUCAGUUGGACACAACUAAGGCACGCAAACAGAGCGUCCACCUCGCCUCCGUCUUCGCUCACGUGCUAACGCCGCAUCUUCUGACCUGCUUGCUGGAGCACGUGUUUCGCGGUGACUCGGAGGCGCAUUUGUGGCAGCUGCACUUCGAAAACCCUCCUAGCACAGCUCAGACAAUCUCUCAGCUCAAGAAGCAGAUUUGCGCGUCACUCUUCGUCGUGUGGGGACAACUCGCCUAUGGGCCGUGUCAGGAAGACGAUGGGGAGGAGGUGGAGGUUUCACAACCGAUUUCUUCAUCUGGAACAAAAUUGUCUGUUGACGCUCCUCGUUUAGAUGAACUUGGAAGGAAUCACGAAAAGCCAACCCUCCAAGUCACUUCCAGCGACAGUGUUUCUUCAACUCCAAAGGAUGUGGAAUCAGUCAGCGAAGUCUUACCUGUUAUUGCAACUGAGGUUGAGCGUAAAGUACCAGGAACCAAAACAUCUGUUGAGGGUUUGCAGUCGAACAGUGAAGAUGAGGAACCUGAGACGAUGGCACCUCUGACAAUGAAAUCAGACCCUUCUCCUGAAAAAGGUGAUUUAGAACGUAAUUUAAGCGAAUAUGCGUCUGUGUCUUCAACUGAUAGUAAACAUGAGCGACUCGCGGAUGAUUUGCAAAUUGCACCGACUGAAGAUCAGUCCGUUGACGGCGUGCAGCUCCGCCAUGAUACCACCAAGGAUUCGCUGGAAUUUUCCCCAUUGCCGACUCAGUUUAUUCCUAUUCAGACGGAGGAGUCAAAAGCACACGAUUCGUCGCCAAGUACUGCAGUCGACACAACUCCGCCUCCUCUCGUGUCUAUCGGACAAGGUGAACCGUCACCAAUCGUUGAUAUCGCGGAGCCUUCAGAUUCAACGAGCCUUGCAAUGAACCCCAUAGCGGAUUCUGUCGUUUCUACGGAUGCAUAUGAGGUCGCACGACAAUUUUUCAAACAGGCCCCUAUUACUGAACCGGUUAAAGGGUUGACCGAGCAAUUUGGCGAGGAAGUCUGUGGUGACGGUGGGAUCGGAGAGGAGACCGUUCAUCAAGGCUUUGCAGAACCUCAACCCAUCUUGCUAAAUGAAGGCAAUGCAGUCGCCGCGUCUAAGCAAUCUCAUUCUGAUGUCGGAAUCUCUCCUGUUAAAGCAGGUGUACUCAACGCCAUGACAUCAUUGCAACAUGACCCCAUGUCUUCAAAAUCGCAACCUGGUCGUCCUCACUCCCGUGACAUCGACAACCUGAAAAGUGAGCAGGUAGUUGGAGAAGCCGAAACAGAAGAACAUUUCCACUCUUCGACAGUUUUUGAUUCACUAGAACCCAAUGAAGGCGAUCCCUCAGAACAACAAGCACUACCUUUUGCUCAAGAAACGGAGCAUCAGGCCAUGGAAUGUGUGAGGUUGAUUUCAGAUGUCGCGGCCCUAACCAAUGAUGAUUCCCGAGUCGAGGCAUCUACUGAUCCGUCUCCUCAUGCCGAUCCAUUCAUACCGGAGUUGUCGACAUUGCUGGAAAAUAAUGGGAGCGAUAGGGUAGUUCAGGUAACUCGAUUUGCCGAUCCGUUUGCCCCAGUUAUACCUGACGACCAGGUAGAAGUCGGAAGUGAUGAGCAUGAGUUUCGUAUCCAAGUAACUAGGGAUGAAUCUGCCUCUUUUCAAACUACGGACUUGGGAAAGGAAGAAGCCAGUUAUGGAACUCCAGAAACCAAGAUAGCAGACACUGAAGCACCCUUCGACGUGGUCAAUUCCACCGACAAACCUAAAACCGACGAUUUUGAGCCUUUCUUAUCAGAACCCAAGUUGGCACCUCAGGUCUCCGCUGUUAUAGAAACAUUCCCCUCUGAAGUUGUCUGUGGUAAUGCUGGUGCUUUGAUAGAAAAGGAAACAUCAGAACACCCCCAUGUUACAAAUGAUUUGGUCGAGAAGGAUCAUCCAGCCAUAAAACCUCCGUCUUCAGCAGAUUCCAUUCAGGAAGGGCUCUCCACAAAGCCCCCGCAGCUACUGAGUACAGAUGCAGAAAGUGAUGUGAACAGUGAAACUCCAAGCAUUGAGCAUUCCAAACCUGAAUCAGCCGAUGUAAGGCAUCAUGAAUAUGACCAUGAUAUGCCAGAAAAUGAAUGUGGUAUGUACAAUACAGUGUCGCAGCCGAGCACGCAGCAUUCGCUUUCAGUCGAUGUACAUGAAGUCGCCGACCCUCCAAGUGCUCUCAACCAACCGGAAAUCGAUGAAGCGAACCAAUCGAAUGCGUGUGAUGCUUCUUCGUAUGCAAACACAUCUGCAGUACAGCCUGAAUCAGACUUCCGUGGUUCCUUGCGAGAUUCAACUGAAGGCGAAAUUUGGUCAUCGGACAGGACUUGGAAUGCGGAUGUAGAAGUUGAGGUUCUGAUGCCGAGUCAAAUGGAUGAUCAGGAAUCUGAGCCGACAGUAGUGGAGAGCACACCUUUAAGUCGCGAAGUGGUCGGCGAAUUCGAUGUCAGCGAAAAACCGCAGCCUUCUCUGGCUGAUGAAUGCAGACUUGAAAGUGGUAGCCCUGUUCUCGAAGCACCACCUUGUGAUAACGCGAAAGACGUGUCCCCUUUGAACGAGGCUCCCGUUUCUGUAAAUCCGCGUGCGAGGGAAGAGGAAGAAGUGCUGCCACCUGCUGAUAUUUCUGACGUCGAUGCACUUUUCCGUGACUCCGAUUACACAACCCCAUCUGGUGAUAACGAACGGCGCCCCGUGCACACCGUCGAUAUUCGUGAAUGCGAUUCAAUGCUUAAUGUAGAAAAAUCAAGUACUGCUGUUUGUUGCGGUGAAGACGGUGAUUUGUGGGCUGGGUCAGUCGAUAAUACAGGACGUUCAGCAUCUUCCGAACCUUCGAAGAUGCAGUACUCAGGUGACUCGGAAAGCCUUGUGGUGCGUGAACCGGCGGGGCGUCGUUUAGAAGGGAAUACCAACGAUUGUUUUGUCAGUGAGAAUUGUGGGAGCGUGAAAUUGACCGCGGAUCAAGAAUCGAACAGUGGAACUGUCCUGUCACCAGAAACUCCCCAAUGUGUAGCUGAUCGUAAAACGCUUAUUCCUUCAGGUGAGAUUACGUCGGAAAUUCCAUUCUGUGAAAAUGAAAAUGAAGACGGCACUGGGUGGGACAAUGAGGAUGUUGCUUGGAGUGAGGCAGGAGAUCAAAGCGAUUUUCUUGCUCAUUCACAACCGGAGGAAAAACGUUUUUCUGGAGUCGAUGCCCCUGAACAAAAACACCCAGAUACGGUCAAAGUUGAUACUCAAAAGUGCUUCCCUGAUGAGCAGUGGGAGGACGAUGAACCCGAGACUGCAAAACAUGUAGAAUUGGCUCAAGCUAUCGAUUCUGCCGUGGUUUACGGACAGCCGACAAUUCCGGGUGCUGAAUCACCAGAAAUUGGAAAUGAUCCCAGUGCAAUGUGGUCCUGGAACCCAGAGACCACAUGGGGUGAAGAUGAAAAUGCUUGGACUGAUGGUGCCGUAGAUAAUGCGGAACAGCCGGAUCUAUCUCCACGUUGUAACAUCGAAAACGCAGCCACCGAAAGUAAGCGUGAUCAGUCUGAAAGCAGUUUGGGUGAUGAGAGAUCCCUGAACGUUGGAAAAGACCAAAGUUCUGAACAUCGAGUCGAUCCGUCUUCGAGCAGUUUGGCCUUAUCGUCUCCCGAGUCAGCUGGAGGUGCCAGGUAUGAAGUUUCUGCAGCUCCAGACAUUCCUGCUUCCGAUGAGGCCGCCAACAUCACCUUGUGUGCGACAGAGGCCUCCGUUAGUGCAAGUGAUGCCAACCCCACUGACCUCGAGGCUCCCCCCUCGCCGAUCUCCAAGCUGCGGUUUGACGAGUCCGUGGUUGCUGAAAGCGAGUCGGCCGAUUGGGGCGAAGAUUGGCCAGCGGAUGACGAUGCUGUUGCUUCUGCGCUGGAUCUACCACCUACGCUCAACUUCGACGGGAGUGUGGAAGCUGCUCGUUCAAGUUCUCUUCCAGUCGAAGCGGUGGGUGCCGACAGCAACGCACACCAAGAUGCCUCCACGGCGACACCCAGUUGUCCAGAAGACGCGAAAACCCUCGCCACCGACCUCACCGAUGCGGCGGGCGGUGAAGCUUGGGACGUUGACUUUUGA